AUGGGCGUAGACCAUGGACCUAUGGACAACACGAUUGAAUUCCUAGGAGCAACGACGUAUCGGGUCCGAUCUAAUGGGUUGACUCUCUUCCUCGACACGUACAUCGACCGUCCGUCGGCGACACCAGGGCCGUUCUCCGUCGAGUCGAUUACUGAGGCCGACUAUAUCUUCAUAUCUCACGCGCACUUUGACCAUCUCCCAGGCUGUGACCGCAUCGCCCUGCAGACAGGAGCACAGGUUGUCGGAAGUUGCGAAGUGAUCCGUCUGAUGCGCGAGGCUGGAGUCCCGGAACGCCAAUUGAUUCCCGUGGCUGGAGGGGAACGGAUUCCUCUCUUCAAGCGUGCGACCUGGGAGGCAGCCUUGAAGGGAGAAUGCAAGCAGCGGGACAAUUUCCCCGACGCGACUCGAGAACCGCACCAUUCUCUAGCCGUUUCCGCAGUCGACGUGUGGCCGUCUCUCCACGCCAUGAUCAUCGACCACAACACGCCAGAGGUAUGGGACACUGCCAGUGUGACUCCGUCGGUUGAUGACAGACCGUAUGCGUGCACACUGGACAUCACGCGUGGCAUGAGAUAUGGCCUCUUACAACUCGACAAAUUGGUUCCCGAAGAAAAACGAGACGCCCGGAUGCAGUCCUUUAUCGACUUUGUCAAAGAUCCCAAGAAUGUCUUCUCACACUGCGACGGGGGCCAGCUGAUGUACAAUUUUCGCUUCUUCGACAGCGGAAAAGUUAUGCUCUGGAAUGCCCACCUGGGCGGCUAUGAAGGUAUCCUGCGGGAUCUGGAACCCAAGCCUGAUCUGGCCCUCUUGGGCAUUCCGGGAAAUGCGAACCUGAAUGGCCGACCGUUCAAGGGAUCAGGGGCGGAGUUCUUGAAGCUUGAGUGCGAGUGGCUUGGACAGCCAGAGAGGGUGUGUUGGUGUCUCCAUGACGAAACUCCUAUAAAACCCUACCGCGUGGAUCCGACUGCAGCGACGAGACUUGUCGAGGCCGAGACGAGAUCGAGGGUCUGGGAACUGGAACCAGCAAAGGUCUAUCCGCUUUUUUGA